AUGACAAGCCCGUUCCAGGCCUUUGGGCUCUCCUGCCCUGCAGGCGGCAAGUUCUAUGUCUGCGAGACGGGCAGCGAGUUCAUCGGCUGCUGUGCCUCGGACCCCUGCAAUCUGACAGGCUGUCCGCGGAGCGACCUGAGAACGUCCAGUUUCUCCCCCGACGAGUACAGCAGUCUCCCUGCCCAGGAAUGUGAGGACAGAAACAGCCUGUGGUACACUUGCGCUUUCAAUGUCCCCCCGUUUAUGGGUUGCUGCAAAACCAACCCUUGCGCGGACCCCAGGACCUCUUGUCCUACUUCUCGCUUGGGGGCAGCCAAGCUAAGCAGUCAUUCUUCCUUCCGGGAAAGGUUUUUGCAUCCGAGCCCUAGGAGCUCCGACGCAAAGCCGACAUCAACAUCAACAUCAGCACCAGACGGUCCUCCUAGCAGUGGAGCAGCCCCCAACACGCAAGGCGCAACACCCUCCCCGGAGGCUGCCGCCAGCAACGACGACAAUUCGGGACUCUCCACGGGAACGAUUGCCGGGAUCGCUAUCGGCGUGAGUAUACUGGUACUCGUAGCCAUUGCCGUCAUCAUCUGGAAGUGUGGAUGGAGCGCCGGGAAGCGGAGGGCGCGGAGGCAGGCGGCAGCGGCAGCGGCAGCAAUGCCAGCACCUGACAUGACGCAGGCGAAUGCCGGAUACAGAGAUUCGGGCUUCCCGGAAAAGAGCUUCCCGGGAGACAAGUCGUACAGAGACUCAUUUGCACCCAGCGCUGUAACAGUUAUGGGCUCGCCUCGCGACACUGUCUACGCCAACCCUGGUUUCGAUUCAAGCACAUUGAGCAUGUACGGGUCCCCUCACCUUGCUGCCCCGGCGACGCCUGCCCCGGACCAGCGAUACUCGACAUACAGUCAGCAAGGUUACAACGGAAGCGCAAUGUUCCAGCCCAAUGGGUACAGCACAGCCGGCUACAGUCUGGUACCAAACCCUUCGAUGCCGGUCGUGUUCGAGAUGGACUCGACCGAGGUGCGUCCGGAGUUGAGCGGCGGAGGACAACCGGCCACAGCCCCACUACCCGUCCCCGUCCAGCCGCCUCGGAAGAAACAGGGCAACGACCAGAAAAAGUCCUCAGCCCAAGCUCCACAGCCGCAGCCGCAGACGCAGCUUCAACCUAGCUCCCUCGGUAGCCCCCAGAAUUGGCCGAGCACACCUUCUCCUGUAGCACCACCGCCGCCACUACCGCCCAAGGGAAACACUUCCGGGGUUGCUUUGCCCAAACCGUCGCCGAUUGGCCCUCCGACGGAGGCAGUCGCUCCUCCUCGCUCUCCGCCUCUGCCAUCUCCAGUUAGUCCUCCGGCCCCAGGGUUACCUUGUCCUGUUUCUCCAUCUAUACCGAAGCCAGUGGGUCCCCCACCUAAAACGGAUGCUGCUGCUCCCAUCAUUGCCGCCUCCUCUCAGCAGCAAUGA